UUCUUUGCAGAGCACACAAAAAAACGAUGAGGACAAGCAUAGCAGGAAGAAUACACGUGGCGCAAGCGGUGCUGCUGCUAUUGCUGGUAGGCGGCCAUACUUCUCUGCUACGGACAAUCUCAGCCAAAACUUUCCACAAAGAGAAGUGGGGAGAAGGACGCGACUUGCUUUGUUCUCGGACGCGCAAUACGCUCGGAUCGUCAGGACAACGGGCAGCCAUCGAAGAGUGGACCAACGCCGUACCGGAAACGUUACUCAUGGAAGAUUCGCCGGUGCUGAUGGAGGCUAAUGAGCGUAGAAUGAGAUAUGUGAUACAUCUUGAGGAAACGAACCCACUUGCCAUCAUCAUAGCUCCAUCCUGCACGCCCAGCAUUGCCGAAAAAAUCCGAUGGACGGUCGUUCAGAACGGAACGGACAUCCUCGCAAGCAACAACGCACUGAACAAAUCGUACUACAUCGUACCCUGCGCAUCACGAGGCACCUAUCACGUUUGGGUGGAAUUCACCGACAGCUACUGUACAUUGGACGUUUCCUACAAUACACGAAGUCUGGUUGACCUUUGGCCACUGCUGAACCGAACUACGGUCUCGCCCAUCAAAGUCCACCAGCACCCGCGCCGGCAUCAAUAUCUAGUCAAGUGGGAUAAGAGCAAAUUCGACAUCCACGCAAUGCAUUACUGCCUGGCAAUCAGCAGAGACCACCCGCAGCUCACGCUUUGCCAAGCGUUGGGUAAUUCACAGUACGGCUCCAGGUGCGGAGUUUCAAUGACGGAAACUCUGCAGCGGAUAUCGGUCGAAGAAGAGAAGAAAAUUCCGGUGGAUGCACUAACGACAAUUGCCUGUACUGGCGGUCGUACUAAGCAGAUUCUAAGAGGGUUGAAAGCCAACGCUACAUACUUCCUGGACGUCUUCGCCGUGCAUACUCAAAAGAACAAUCUAUCGUACUUGAUGGGUUCUAGCACCUUCCACGUGAAUCGAACCCGUCCAACGCAGCUGUUCGAAGGGAAACUGUUUGUAGGGAAGAUAUCUACGCUGGGCGGGUUAACGCUGUUCAGUUUCAAAGUCCCUAAGAGAUCGCCCAGCAAUACCACCCUCAAGCUAUUGGUAACACCCUGCAGCGGCACAGUUAAUCUGGAACUGUAUCGAAAGAAGCGACUGCUGAUGAGGCCAAUCCUAGAUAUCUACUAUCCACGGGUAAUCAGCGUUGGUCCGGUUAUUCCGGGCGAGCGAUACCUUAUUCAGAUCUCGGAAGCCGAUGAACACUACCGAACCAAUCGGGUACAGAUUGCCGUGACGACCAAGGACGAGUUCGCUAGCCUGCCACAGCUGCCGGUCAAUACAACGGUAGCGGAAUUGACUCAACUGAGGAGCUGUCAAUCAACAACGAUCGUUUGGUAUAGUUCACCGGAUAAACGGAAAAUAAGGUACUGCACCUAUGUUUUCAAACAGCACACUAAACAUCAGUACUACAGCAACAUCAAGAUGCCAUCCUACUGUGAGCUGGAAAGCCGUGACAUCUACCAGAACUCUCAGCUACAGCAGACGCAUUGUAUCUACUCGGAUCAGAUAAACCCCACCGACCUCAUGCCCAGAUCGAUGUCCAUCAGCAACCUCGCACCGGCCCACUACUAUCUGAUCUUCGUGACGGCCAGCCUGGGAAACGGCCGAAGCCUUCCAUAUCGCUCGGCCCGGAUAAAGACCCAUCCCUACUGUCGGGAAAGCGAUUCCAGUAGUGUGGUAACUCCGAUCGUUACCCAGCAGCAUCGACUUCGAAACGUUUCGGUCAUCAAAAAGCAGCAGUAUCAGCCACCGCGUGGCAACAGUAGCAUCAACAUGCUCAAAUCCGGUGGUGGUCUGCACAAGCAGCAGCAGCUGAUCGAAAGGCGGAACAACCGGCUCAAGAGGGAUAACAAGUAGAUUUGCGACUAACUGCAGUAGCAGCAGCAGCCGCGGAAGCAGCAAUGUAAAAUCAUUGUAGGAAGAAGUGCGCAUAUAAAUCGUCCCUAAUUGAUUUGGCACAGGAUCAAAGCUGCUGAUCCACCAACCGGCGAUGGGGGCUCGGGGUACUUCAGCCUGAAACAGGAGGAAGCCCGCUGUGAUUUAUGUAGCUUUCCCAUUUCUUCUCACACACCACGCACGUAUGCAAUCACACAUAGACGCGUCAUGUUGAUUAGGGUGCGACUUUUUUGUUUUAUCUAAAUAAAAAUUUGUUCUUAUCAACAGGAUUCAAAUCACACUUGAAAAAAAAUCUCGUAGUUUUUAGCAAAAAUAGAAUUGGCCAACAGCUUUAUAAAGUAAUUUUUUGAGAGAAAUCUAGUAAACCAAAAACUUUAUGCUUUAAUUUUUAAGUGUAAUGUGCUUGUUGAUCUCAAAAUUCUUAUGUUUUGUAUGUUUUUUUUUUUAAUUCAAUAUCCAUUUUGAUAAUUCAUCUCCUUCAUGUGUUGGAUCCAAUCAAAACUCUAGUCGUGCAUUAUUGGAAUAAUUAUGGCCCAUACAGGCCAGUAACAUAGUUAGUUGAAGUCCACAGUGACCGUACUUCAUACAAAAAAUGGCCAAAACUACAAAAGUCACACAAAUCUGUUGCAUAUGAUCUUUUUUUUUUCUGGCGAUGAAAAACAAGUCGCACCCUAACACUCAUGGAAGGCGUUUAUUGGCAGUUAAAUUUUUGUUUUAUGCUGGAACCAAAACAGAGAAAAAACGGCAGUCUAGUUGCUAGGAAUAAAGACAUGCAGUCACUCGUGUGAGAUUUAUUUCCCCGUACGAAUACGAAGCUUCCUGGGCGCUGGGGAGGGGGUGUCCAGGAGAAAGUGAAAUAAAAGUUGUAUUGCGUUAAUAAAUUAGGGAUGCGGCGGCAGCCACUUGUGACACCAAACUGAAGUAAGGGCGAAAGUAUGGAGAUUUUUCUGAGAAAUAAAAUUAUAGAAACGUUGUAAAAUUUAUGACACACCGGAAGGAUACAGCUACAGUGCCAGUGAGUGUAGAGCAAAGCUAAUAAGAUUUCGGUGCAAGCAGAUAGUAAGCAAUAGCGCAGGCCAUAAACCCUUAUAAACGGAUUCUGUAUAAACGCGUAUAUGAAUAUUACAUUGUAGAUUCGAGCCAUGACAGCAGCCAAGAGAAAGAAGGCAAAACAUUGUUACUAACAUGUAUAGUAGGAACUAAGAAUGACACCCGCAGUGUCGCAAGAGCUGCACGUACUUAUAGCAUUGUUGUAAGAAAUUAAGUGGUAGAUGUCGACCCAACCGCCACACACUGCUUGUACCAUUGAUUGGUUUUAUGAGCGCGAUUACGUCUAUUCUUUGGAAGAAUAUUUAUUCGAUGAUAUUUUCUACUUGUGUAACCUUUACAUUCAGUCGUAUGGAUUAUUGUACCAUUAAUAAUUAUCUGAACUGUAUAUUUAAAACUAGAAAUACAUAUGAGUAUUACUCCGAGUG